AUGGAUUCAGCCACGGCUACUGACCAAGUGGUUGGGUACGGCUUAGUAGCCUUCAGUCUGCUUCUCUUUGCUUACUAUACUAUCUGGAUUAUCAUUCUGCCCUUCAUCGAGAGCGACCACAUCAUCCACAAGUAUUUCUUGCCCCGGGAAUAUUCAGUCAUCAUCCCUGUGGUUGCUGGGCUGCUCUUGCUCCUCUUUAUCGGAGUCUUUAUAGCCAUCGUCGCAUGGAAGAACAGGAAGCCCACCAAGAAAUCUGCCUGAAGCCAUCGAGAGGGGAGAGGCGUGCAGGAAAUAGGCUCUUGGCAGCAGCUGCUGCAUUUCUUCCAGGACAAUUCAGCUCUGAGAACUAGCCGGUGGCUAGGAAGGGCAGUGGGACUCUCCCGCCUGCCUCCCUUGGGGACUUGUUUACCAGUAUCCGGACCAAAGCUGUUUCUCCUCGAGGGAGCAGAAAAAGAUGGUCUUCUUCUGUGCUCACCUGUUGGGAUGCAUAAAACAGUCCAUUUGCAGUC